AUGGAAAUAAAGGGGAACAAUCAGUUGCAAGAGAAUGAAACCAAAACUUUUAUAUCCGUUAGUCAUGCCCGCUAUGUUAGCUUACUUUCCAGGAGUCAUCCAAUUGCUAUGAGUGUUGAGGAGCAAUUAAACAGAAUCAGAUCAUCCGAAGCAGCAGCAUCCUCCUCAGCAUCCUCGGCCUCCCAAAAGCUGAGAAUCCUAAAGGAUCUCUAUGACUGCACUGAAGAUUUUCUUAAGUUGCCUCUUACCCAACAGGCUCUUUCAAAUGCACGCCUAAGAAGUUCAGUGGAAGAGCUGUUGGAUGGAUCUCUGGAGCUGUUGGAUGUUUGUGGGAAUAUGAAAGACGCUUUCUCACAGAUGAAGGAAUGCAUUAAAGAACUCGAGUCGGUUCUCCGGAGAAGAAAAGGAGGAGAUUGUUGUCUUGCCAAGGAAGUUGAAGCCUACAUGAGUACUAGGAAGAGGUUGCAGAAAAUCAUUUUUAAGUACUUGGUGCAUUUGAAGAAGAUGGAGAGGAAGAACAGCCUGAACAAGGACUCUAACAGGGAAGCUACUCUCAGCAUGCUAAGACAAGUUGAAGAAAUCAGAUUAUCAGUAUUUGCUUCCUUCCUGUGCUUUCUUUCUCAGUCAAGUGCAAAUCUGAAACGUAGCAGCUGGUCACUUGCUUCGAAACUACUGCCAUCUAAACAGGUAGCUUGUGAAGGAGAAGAGGAUGUCAAUGAAAUGGCAAUCUUGGACUCUGAAUUGCUUUCCCUGAAAUCAGUAAAAGCUUCCGGUCUCUCAGCGAAAGACAUUUUGAAGCGAUUGGAUGCGUUAGAGUCGAGCCUUCAGGAAGUUGACGAGGACUUGGGAUGCAUCUUCCGGCGCCUCGUGAAAACGAGAGUUUCCCUUCUCAACAUUGUAAACCACUGAA